UAGAAGAAGCAGAAGAAGACGGCGGCGGUUCGGCAAAUUUUUGGGUUCGGUUUGGAUAAUGCAAAUGUUCUUGGGUUUAUCAGACAUCGAAAUCAAUGACAGAUUAGGAUUAGUUUUCUUCUGGCGCAUUUACGUAAUUCAGAGAAAUAGUAACUACUGAUUUAGCGGAAGUAAAUGUUGAUAAUAUCGGGGAUUCUUGUCACUUUGAAGAGUCUACGAUUGUUCGAAAACCUGCUGUGAGGUUAUUAACCGGCGACAAGGGAAAUGUGCAUAUUCGCUCACGUCUGUCGUGUGAUUGUGAACGUUUGGCCUUUUUUUUUACGAGUUGUGAAAUGGGUGUAGUAUUGCGGAAUCUCCAGAAGGUGGUGCCAGUGCGGCGCGCCAGGCUGCGUAAGGACGUGGACACGCUGAGACACAUUCUGGGCAUCCAGAAGUUUGACCUGGGCAUCAUCUGCGUGGACAACAAGAGGAUUCAGAAGAUUAAUAACAUCUACAGGAAGAAAAACGUGCCCACGGAUGUCCUCUCAUUCUCAUUCUACGAGGACAUGAGGCCCGGUAAGAUCCCCUGUCACCUCCCCAGAGAGGAGCUCAACCUUGGGGACAUUUUCCUCGGAGUCGAGUUUGUUAUGAAACAGUGUGAAGAGGACCUAUUGGACCUGCACGAAACUCUAACAGUUGUCGCAGCUCACGGCAUCUGCCACCUGCUGGGUUACCGGCACGAGACCGAGGAGGAGUGGACUGAGAUGCUGCAGAAGGAAAGAUACAUUCUGAGGGAGUACAACAGGCGGACAGGCCGUCUGCUGGAGCCGCUGACAAAGAGGUUCUCGGCCUCCGCUUCAGAGUACUCCAUGUCCAGAACAUCCUCAUUGCCAGAGUCCUCAUCUGAACAGAGCAGCUCGGGCAACGAGUUGUUGAACUCUGUUGGGCGUGACAAGAACACCAAUGACAACUCGACCUCUGUGAGCAAGGUCACAAAGUGAUACACCAUUGUUUGCACUUAUGUAUGAUGGUGCUAGUAAAUCUUUUGUGAUUAAAUACCUCCUGGAUUAACAAAC